UGGUGUCCUCGAAGCCGCCCCAGUCCGCGGCCGCCCCGCCCCUGCCGCCCCCCGCUGGGGGGGCGCCGGCUCCCGACAUCCUGCCGCCUGGCCGCGCCGCGCUACUGGGGUCUCCCGACAGCUGCAGCCAAACAGCUCGGGCAGCGGAUGUGACGCACACCCUGCCUGGGACGUGGAAGCUGGGCUUCCCUCUCGCGAGAGUUCCCCUUAGGUGCUAUCGUGGUGGUGGCGGAAGCGUAAAACAAAACAAAACACCUCAAGCAAAUAAAAGAGAAACGCAAAUUGAGACCCGGCAGCCAAAGGAGACGUCCUCCGAGCUGCCACGCACAGCAUGGCGGAGCAGCACAUCAGACUCUUAGUGCGCCUGCGCAGGGAGGGCACAAACACCGGGAGGUCUUGUACACAACGCGCCCACCUAGCGUCACGUGACGGGCAGGAGUUGCGUGCUUGCGUCACGUGGGCAAGAUGGCGGAGCCCGGCAGCGUGGAGGAGAUGCGGAGCCGCGUGGUGCUUGGCGAGUUCGGCGUCCGCCACGUGCACACCACGGACUUCCCCGGCAGCUACCCGGGCUACACCGACGCUUGGGACCCGGUCACUUUCCGCCAGGGUUUCCACGUAGACGUGACCCACAUGGACGAGGGGCUGCUGGAGUUCGAUCUGGUGGGCAUUGAUGCUGCCAUUGCCAAUGCCUUCCGCCGCAUCCUGCUGGCCGAGGUAGGGCUUGUGCUGGGCUCCACUCAGGGUCGGACCGAGCACCAGGUUUGGGGUCAGGAGGGAUUUUGCUGCGUGGCGAGAUUAGUUUGGGCUGUGGGGGGAUUUGCCUUGCUCUGUAGCAUGGGUGCAGGCCUCUGCCCAGGACUGCUCAAUAUUUUGAAGAAGCAGGAUGGUGGCUCUCGUGGGUCCUUGGCUUGACCUGUAGCAGGUUGGGGUGUCGGGUCUAUGCUGUGUCAGGGUUGCAGUCAGUCAGGUGUAGCGGUUGUGGUUCUUGUGAGAUGGUGUGGACAAAAACAAUCCUGCC